AUGUUCCUCAACGAAGUGGAGGAGAUUCUCGACGUCAUCGAGCCGACCGAGUUUGUCAAGAUCGAAGUUCCUCUCUUCCAGCAAUUGCAGCGCUGCAUCAACAGCCAACACUUCCAAGUCGCCGAGCGAGCACUGUACUUCUGGAACAACGAGUACAUUGUCAAUCUGAUUGGAGACAAUGUGCAAGUCAUACUACCAAUCGUCUUCGCCAGCCUCUAUCAGAACUCCAAAAGCCACUGGAAUCGGACAAUCCAUGGGUUGGUCUACAACGCUCUCAAGCUGUUCAUGGAGAUCAAUCCAGCACUGUUUGACAUGUGCACAAAUGACUUUAAACAUCAGAGACAAGCGUAA